CUUCAGGGGAUGCAAUGCACCCAUUGUAUUACCCAGCGUGAUCGUAACCAGGUGAACGUUAUCUAAGAAUAGGUGCGGGUAGAGCCAGUUCAUUCAGAUGGCUUCAAAAUUGCUUUAUCUAAUCAUUCGGCAGACGAAAUGCAGAUAACCCUUCCAUAAAAGUGCAUCGGUUUGCCGAAAAAUUUCAUUUGGCUACGCGUUGGUACUUGAGUUAGAUCAGAUAUGGCGGAUCAAUCGGUGUUUGCGAAACUGCCGGCGUACAUCCAGGACGGUUUGAAAAAAGUUGCUUCGGAACAUGGUUUCACGGAUGGAGUUUAUCGAUUUGAAUUCGAGGAUGGUUCCAGUAAAGGCGACGGUUUUAUGGGCGAGCUCUUCAAGGUGUUCAUCAGAGAGAAUGGUCGUGAAGAUAUGGUGAUUCUGUGCAAAACUCUUCCAAACCAUGAAAUUCGAAAGCAGUACACCAUUUCGUUGUUUAACCGAGAGGUUGAGGCGUAUAACGAAGUUCUUCCAUUGAUCAAGAAAUUCCAACUGGACAAAGGUAUUAAAGAGAACAGUAUUGAAGGAUUUUGGAGUUUCCCGAAAAGUUAUUAUGCUUACUGCGACAUGCGCAAGUUGGAAGGUUUGAUAAUUAUGGAAGACCUGAGGGAAAAAGGUUUCCGCAUGUGGAAUAAAUUGGAGCCAGUGAAUUUCGAUCAUGCAAUAUUGCUUAUGGAGCAGUUGGGUAAAAUGCAUGCAGUGUCUUUUGCUUUGAAGGAUCAACAACCUGAAACAUUCGAAAAGUUCAAGCGCUUCAGUGAUCCGCUAAGUCAACUCAUUAUGUACGACCCGACGAAGGGCAUGACAAGAAUGAUGAACGGAACGUGUGAACGAGCGAUAGAAGCCUUCGGCGAAAAUGACAUUUUGUAUAAAACAAAAAUUCAAUCCGUACGUGGUGUAACUACCGAUUUGUACAUAGAGGACGCUAAGGCAGACGAGGCGGAACCUUACGCUGUAUUGGGACACGGUGAUUGUUGGGUCAAUAACAUGAUGUACUGUUAUGGCGGUGAAAACCUGACUCCCACGGGUAUUCGUCUGAUUGACUGGCAGCUGUGUCGGUACGGAUCUCCGAUUCUGGAUUUGAUGUACUUUAUAUUCACGUCGACCGACGAGAAGCUACGAGCCGAUCACUACGAAGCAUUGCUUAGCACUUACUACAAAUCGCUCGCUGAGCAUCUAGAACGCCUCGGAGGGGAUGCAAAGCGCCAAUUCCCCGAAUCGGAAUUCAAAAAACAAUUGAAACGUUUCGGAAAAUUUGGAAUGUUGAUCAGUUUCCUGGUGCUGCCGGUAAUUUGCACUCCCAAUGAAGAGACUCCAGAUAUUGAAAAGCAAAUGGAGUUGGCUAAGAAAGCCAAGGAAAGUGGAGUAGAAAACUUGGACGAUAAGAAGAUUUUCAGUAAGACUGAGAAAUCGGACGCCAUGUUCCAGGAACGGAUGCGGGGAAUCGUCAAGGAUGUCGUGCGAUUAGAAUAUCUGUGAAUGUCUAAUGAACUUCCAACCACCGAUUGAACGUAUACUGUUGAAUAAAGUUGCAUCAUAAAACUUUAGCGCGUUUCGAAAGUUUGAACGUAAUUUAGAACGCACAAAUCUAAGACGUUCAAACCAGUUACUUUGCCUGCCAGUAGUAUAGAGUUUUUAGCGCACUGUGGUCAUUUUGAAUAAAAGAUACAAUUCUGUAAA